AUGGCUUUCCAUCCUGACACACUUCCGGAUCUUGCGGGAAGAGUUUACAUUGUAACCGGAGGAAACACUGGCAUUGGCAAAUCCACAGUGGUUCACUUAGCAAAGCAUAAUGCAAAAGUGUAUAUGGGAGCACGAAAUGAGGACAAAGCCCGUUCUGCUAUCGAAAGCAUCAGAGAGGACAUUCCUUACGCUGAAAUUGAGUUCUUGCUUAUGGAUAUGAUGGAUCUCAGCUCUGUGGUAGCAGCAGCAAAGGGCAUUCUACAGAAAGAGUCGAGAUUACACGGAAUUGUGAAUAACGCAGGAAUCAUGGCUGUGCCCCAGCAGACAUCAAAGGAUGGUUACGAAUCUCAAUGGCAGACCAACUACAUGUCCCACUGGUUGUUGACGAAGCACCUCUUACCGCUCCUAGUGUCAACCGCGGCAUUAUGCGCAGAAGGGACGGUUCGGGUGACGAAUGUUUCCUCAAUCGGCCACAAAUACUACACACCGUCUACCGGUAUUGACUUUGAAGAUAUCAAUCAGGUUAAAGGUGGUCCUUGGUCUCGCUAUGGCCAAUCCAAGCUAGCAAAUGUCCUACACAGCAAGGAGUUAUUUCGCCGGUAUGGGCCUGAAGGAACAGAACUUUCCACCAGCGACGCCCCAAUUUGGACAGCAAGUGUUCACCCCGGUAAUUAUGACACGCAACUAAACGAAAAUGCAAAAGGGCUCGCAACUGCAGCAGCGGUCUUAGGGCCGAUCUUGAAGUGUCUUAAGGUAACACCUUCAGUUGAUGUCGGGUCUUACAACUCUCUAUAUACGAUUGCGAGCCCUGAUUUUUCUGUUGAACUCAAUGGGAAAUACUUUGUCCCAGUGGCAAAAGUUGAGAAACCUAGCAAGUUUGCAGAGGACUCCGAGCUGGCAACCAAGUUGUGGGAGUGGACAGACAAAGAGAUGCAGGCCAAAGGUUUUAUAUAA